GCACUUUACAAACAAUUCUUUCCCUUGUCGUCCAGUCUUUUGAGUUUGCAGCACAUUCCACAUUUUCUCUGACUAAAACCCAGCUGGGAAAGAACGAUGCAGGCCGUUUCGAGAAGAUUAGGACACCAAUACAUCAAGCAAUCGCCAUCGAUUUCUUCAAUUUACCCUCUUUCUGAUCGGUAUUAUGGAGGUGAGAGGUACCAAUCUACACUUACCACCAAAGGGGUGGGGCAUCUAGUCCGUAAGGGCACUGGUGGAAGAUCGUCUGUUAGUGGAAUUGUUGCGACAGUGUUUGGUGCUACUGGAUUUCUUGGGCGUUAUCUUGUGCAACAGCUUGCUAAAAUGGGUUCUCAAGUAUUAGUUCCUUUCCGAGGGUCUGAGGAUUCUCACCGUCACCUCAAGUUAAUGGGUGAUUUGGGUCAGAUUGUUCCAAUGAAAUAUGACCCUAGAGAUGAAAAUUCUAUCAAGGCAGUGAUGGCAAAGGCUAAUGUUGUUAUUAAUCUUAUUGGAAGGGAAUACGAGACCAGAAAUUAUAGCUUUGAGGAAGUCAAUCAUCACAUGGCUGAACAGCUUGCAAUGAUUGCUAAAGAACAUGGUGGCAUCAUGAGAUUUAUUCAAGUUUCUUGUUUGGGGGCAUCUUUAUCAUCUUCAUCUAGAUAUCUGAAGUCUAAGGCAGCUGCUGAAGAAGCUGUUCUACGAGAGCUGCCCGAGGCCACAGUUAUGAAACCUGCCGUGAUGAUUGGCACAGAGGAUCGAAUUUUAAAUACAUGGGCACAUUUUGCCAAAAAUUACAGCUUUCUCCCACUUAUAGGAGAUGGAUCUACCAAGAUUCAGCCUGUAUAUGUUGUUGAUGUUGCUUCUGCAAUUAUCACUGCCUUAAAGGAUGAUGGUACCAGCAUGGGAAAAGUUUAUGAACUUGGUGGACCGGAUAUUUUCACUGUCCAUGAGUUGGCAGACCUUAUGUAUGAUGUGAUCCGUGAAUGGCCUCGGUAUGUGAAGAUUCCUAUUCCCAUUGCUAAGGCUAUCGCAAUGCCUCGAGAAAUAUUGCUUAAGAAAGUUCCCUUCCCAUUGCCUACCCCUGCCAUCUUCAAUCUGGAUCUGAUUGAAGCCUUUUCCACCGAUACACUGGUGUCCGGAAAUGGUUUAAAAUUUGAGGAUCUUGGGAUUGCGCCACAUAAACUGAAGGGAUACCCAGUCGAGUUUCUUAUACAAUAUCGUAAAGGUGGUCCACAGUAUGGUUCUACAGUUAGUGAAAAAGUAACCCCCCAGUCAUGGUCUUGAUGUUCAUCGGUUCUUUAGUUCUGCAAACUCCAGCUAUCCUUUUGAAAACUUUGGAGUUGGUAUGUGUUGCCUUCAUUUCCUUCAGCUGUGAAUUGCUUACCACCUCGAAUCUUCUCUGAUGAAGAAUCACAAAUCAACUGACGUUGUAGUCUAUUAAAGCUAAUAAAUGAAGUUGUUUAAACAAGGUUGAGAUUGUCCAUUUUUCGAGAGAGGAACUUAGAAGAAUAAAGAUAUUGGGGAUUCUUCUUCAGCAAUUCCAAUAUUCGCAACUUAUUCUAGAAAAAUUGCUGAAGAUUAUUUUUUGGUGGUUUUUAGGCCUUUGUGUAAUUCAAAUGAAGUUAUGUUUUUUCCUUCAAUGAUUGUUUUCUUGCACGCUCA